AUGAUAUUACCAAUUUACAAUAGACAAAAAUCAUGUAAAUUCCAUCAAGAACAAAAAUAUUUUUCAUAUUGUAUCGAAUGUGAUAGUCUAGUUUGUAGGUCAUGUAUUUUAGGUGCACACAAGGAGCAUAAAUGUAAAGACUUGGAUAAGGUCGAAGAGUUUGAAUUUAUACUGUCCCAAUAUAACGAAUUGUCACAAGAUAUGCCAACUUAUGACAGUUAUCAGAAAAAGAUAAAUUCACUUCAAGAAGAGAUCGGUUCAUUAUUAAAUUCAUACGAAUCAUGUAAAACAGCAAUAUCAGACCAAUUCAAUGAUCUCAGAAUACUGAUGAAUAAUAGAGAAGCUCAAAUGUUAAAACAAUUGCAAGAUAAAUUCAACGAAAAAAAGCUUAGCAUUCAAGAGAAAUUAAAAUAUUUGGAUUCAUUAGAGCAAUGUUAUGUACCAAUAAAAUUGGAUGAUAGUAGCAGCAGUAGUAGUUCUAGUAACAGUAAUAUAGAAAGUGAUAGCGAUUCAUCAUCAUCAUUAACAACAUCAACGGCUGCAUCGGCGACCAACUCAAAUUCCACUACAACAUCAUCAUCAUCAUCAUCUACAACCACUACAACUAUAACCCUAGCGACAUCUCAGCCACAGGAUCAGGAUCAAGUUUAUAAUGACAGUACCAAUGGUGUUACAAAUAUUCAAUCAUUAUCACCACCAUCAUCUUCACAACUUCAACAACCAACUAUUACAUCAACAAUAACAACAACAACAACGAUAACAUCAACAACUGUUGAUGACAGUCUUAUAAACUCAAUUUAUAAAGACAUUUGUAAAAUACCAAAACAAGAAAAAAAGAAUUUAUUUGAUGACAGUGAUUGCUUUGUUGAGGUUUGCGAAAGAACCCAUUCAAUGAAUAAAUACAAAUCAAAAUCAAAUUUUAUAGAUCAAUCUCUUUCAUGUGUACUUUUAACAAAUUUUGAAAAUAUCAAUAUUGAAAACCAUGGUACUAUAUUUUCUACAAAUAAUUUAUCAGAUAAUGGAUUUUUUAUUUAUAAACUUUUAAGCAAAAAUGACACCAAAAUCAAUAAUAAUAGUGAAAACAAUAAUAAUAAUAGUAGUAAUAAUAGUAAUAACAAUAAUAACAAACCAAAAAUAAAUGUUAUUAAAAAACAACAACAAAUAACGCAACAAACAAAACAAAUUCCUUCUCAACAACAAAUAAAAAAAAUAAUAAAUAAUAGUUAUAAAAUUGAAAUGUUAAAUUUAACUGAUAUGAAAUGGAGAAAUAUUCAAAGCGGCAAUUUAUCAAAUAGAAGAGGUUCAUGGGUUCAAGUUGCAAAUAAAUAUAUAUAUUCUUUUGGUUAUAAUGAAAAUGAAGAAAUAUCAUCAAAAUAUUUAUAUAGAUUUUGUUUUACAACAAACAGUUGGGAGAAUAUGGGAUUAUUACCAGCAGAUAUGGACAACACUUCAACACCAGUUUAUGAUGGCUUUAAAACAAUUUAUAUUUUCGGUGGUCGUUCAAGAAUAAAGAAUGGUACAAUGGUUAAAGAGAUUAGAGCAUACGAUACCUCAAACAAUACCUAUGCAGUUAUAGAUAGUUAUGACCAACCAUUAUCAAAUCUUUUAGCAGUUUAUGAUGGCACUAAAAUGGUUUAUCUCUUUGGCGGUGAGGUUAGUACCGGUGAUGCUUCCAACACAGCUACUACUUUAAAUUAUAAUGUAUAUACAUUCAAUACAUCCAGUAUUAAAUAUGGUUAUUGCACAGGACUUUUCCAUUCGUUCACUUUAUCAGAGUCAGAUGGUAAAAUAUUGGCCGUUAGAAACGAUAGAAAGAAUAAUCAUAUCUAUAUAUUAUCAACUAAAUCAUUUAAACGUUUUUCAAUUACAUCAAAUCGUAUGAAAACUUUACCAUUUCCAACAAUGUUCUCUAUGGAUGGGUGCAAAGAAAAGCCUUUUAAAAUGUUAUUCGAUUAUGGCCAUAAGUUAUUUUUAUUUGGUUGGAAUUUUGGAGCCUUCUAUAACACCCAGAAUAAUAGUUGGUAUACCCUACCAUUUAACUCUAAUCAUAAAGAUUUCAUUUUAGAAAAUGCCAUUAUUACCCACAGUAACUUACCAAAUUCCCAUAGUCAACUUUUUCAAAAUUUAUUAAAUCAAUCAACAAAACAAGAAUCACCAAAUCAAGAUAGUGGCGAUGAAAAAGAACAGGUUGAAGUUAUUAGUGUUCUAAAACAAGAAAUUAAAGAACCAAUUAAUACAAAUAAAACCAAUAAUAAUGGUAAUAAUAUUAAUAGUAAUAUUCCAUCAAUAGCAAUAAAUGAAAAAAUAAGCUCAGGAAACAGUAGCACUGAUAGUAGUAUACAAACACCACCAUCACCAAAGCAAGAUAUAAAUAAUAAUAAUAAUAAUAAUAAUAAUAGUAAUAAGAAUAAAAAUACAAAUACAAAUACAAGUAUAACAUCAUCUGAAAGUUGUGAUUUUUCCAAUGACGAGGUUGAGGAGUCUGAUAGCGGAGAAAUACCAUUAACAUCAUCAGCUUAUAUUGAAAAGAAACUUCAAGAGUAUCAUGCUAAAAUCAAGCCAUUAGAAAAGAUUGAACAGGAUAUUAAAAAAAUGAUAGAGUUAUGUGAUACCCCAAUUGAUGAAUCAAUGGACAUGAAAAUUAAAAUUUUAAAUGAUAGAAGAACUAGAAAAAAAUUAUUGGAAUAUCAAUUAUCAAAAUUAUACGAAAGAAAAAGGGCUAUCGAAAUGUCAUAUAAUAGUAUAAAUAAAUAA